UUUCAAUUUUUCAGUGACAAGUGCUCUUUCGAUGAUAUUUUUCUCCUAUGUUGUCUCUCUUUUUUAACCAUCCCUUCCAAUGCCUUGCUCAUUUAUUUAGAGAUGAAUUAUUUGUUUGAACGAUGAAUGAUUCGUCUGAAUUUGCCUGGUCGAAUAAGUCUUUUAUCUAACGGUUUAUUUGUAUGUAUAGUUAAAAAAUUGUUUGAACGAUGAAUGAUUCGUCGGAUCCUCGCGCACGUAGAUAACACGACAGCACCAAACGGAAAGGCAGGCUCGCAAAACGUAUCUCAAUUCUCAAAUCUGCAUUGCCAUUACUGCAAGUGAUCUUUGGCGAAAUGGGUUCGUGGCAAAUGGUUAAAUGAAGCUAAUCUCGGGUGGGGUUUGUAUAAUAUUGCGAAUCUCGUCAACUGUUUUAAUGAGUUAUCUGUGAUUGGAUUCGUGUUAUCAAAUUUUAUUCGUUGGUAUAAUUGAAUAAGUUGUUUAGCUUAAUUGUGUGCUGGUUUUGAUCGGGAGUGGCAUACAUUUCAUGUACUUCAUUUGGAAAAAAAAAAAAAACACAUAAACUUGAAGCAAUCCAGAUGGUGAAUUAGAUUGUUGGGGUUUUAGAUAAUGUUGUUUUGUUGAAGAGAUGCUGAUAUUUAUAUUUUUGUUGGUAAUGUGAGAUUUGCACCUUAAUCCACUAAUCCUAAAGGAAGUUGCAUUGUGGGUUUCAUUGAGGUUUUUGAUAUAAGAAGGAAGUUUCAGAGAUGGCUGUGCCAAACAAAACUAGAGCUAUGCUUGAGGGUCUUGUAAAAGAUGGGUCAUUCAGAAGGUUGCUUAGCAGGAAGACUUCAUACGAUGAAGAAUUGGAAGAGAUGGGGAGGUCUCCAUCUAAUGGGAGGAAUUGGAUAGUGGAGCUCUCGCCUGUUGCUAAUAUAAUUGUUCGCCGAUGCUCAAAAAUACUUAGCAUUUCCACGAGUGAGCUUCAAGAGAACUUUAAUAAAGAGGCUCCUGAUUUGAUAAAGCAUCCAUCACAGUAUCCUAGGAAUUUCCUGGAAUACUGUUACUUCAGAGCACUUGCUCUUUCUACUCAAGUAACAGGUCAUUUGGCUGAUAAAAAAUUUAGACGCCUAACAUAUGAUGCGAUGAUAGCUUGGGAGGUCCCAGCAGCUUCAAGCCAACCUUUAACCAAUAUAGAUGAGGAUGCUACGGUUGGGGUGGAUGCCUUCUCUCGGAUAGCGCCGGCAGUUCCAAUUAUUGCCAAUGUUAUUAUUUGUGAAAACCUUUUUAAGGUUCUCACAUCUUCAACUGGUGGUCGGCUUCAAUUUUCAAUCUUUGACAAGUAUCUGACUGCUCUAGAAAGGGCAAUAAAAAAGAUGAAGAGCCAAUCAGAGUCGUCUAUUCUUUCUGCCAAUCGAUCAUCAAGAGGAGAAAAGAUUCUGGAAGUAGAAGGGACAGUGACCACUCAGCCAGUUCUAGAGCAUGUAGGAAUAUCUACUUGGCCAGGUCGGUUGACUCUGACAGAUCAUGCACUAUAUUUUGAAGCUCACCGUGUUGUAUCGUAUGAGAAGGCAAAAACAUAUGAUUUAUCUGAAGAUCUAAAACAGGUUAUUAAGCCUGAAGUGACAGGACCAUGGGGUGCUAGACUUUUUGACAAGGCAGUCUUUUAUAAAUCAACUUCCCUAUCAGAACCAAUCGUCUUAGAGUUUCCUGAGCUCAAAGGGCAUACUCGUCGUGAUUACUGGUUAGCGAUUAUUAGGGAAAUUUUAUAUGUUCACAGAUUUAUAAGGAAGUUCCAGAUCAAAGGAGUUGAGAGGAAUGAAGUACUUUCGAAGGCUGUCCUUGGAGUUAUGAGAGUACAAGCCAUUCAAGAAAUUAGCACUGCAGAUUCUGGACACUGUGAGAAUCUCCUCAUGUUUAACCUAUGUGAUCAGCUUCCAGGUGGAGAUUUGAUUCUGGAAACUCUUGCAAACAUGUUGUCUGCAAGGGAAUUGGAUCAGAGUAACAAUUCCAGAGCUGGAGGUGAAAUGUAUGCAAUCUCAGCAUUGACUAUGGUUUCUAACUUAGGGUUUGUGUUUGGAUCUAAUUCAAGUAAUCCCAAUGAGACUGGGCUUGUUGUGGGUGAGAUUGCUGUUGGAAAGAUGAGUUUAUUGGAAAGAGCUGUUAAGGAGUCUAAAAGCAGCCAUAUGAAAGUUGUGCAAGCGCAAGAAACAGUUGAUGGGGUUAAAGUAGAUGGCAUUGACACAAAUUUGGCAGUCAUGGAGGAAUUACUUCUUCCUGUUAUGGAAGUUAAAAAGUGGCUUCUUUCUUUGGCAUAUUGGGACAAUCCUUGGAAGUCUUCAGUCUUCUGUUUGGUUAUUGCAUUUAUCCUUUGCAGGGGAUGGCUAGGUUAUGCUUUGGCAUUGCUGCACAUCUUUUUUGCAAGCUUUAUGGCACUUGCGAGAUUUUUUAACCAAGGCCAGCCUGUAGAUGAAGUCAAGGUAAUAGCUCCACCACCUAUGAGCACAAUGGAGCAGCUCUUGGCUGUUCAAACUGCAGUUUCUCAAGUCGAACAGCUCAUCCAGGACGGCAACAUCUUUAUUCUGAAGCUACGUGGCUUACUGCUCUCCAUUUUUCCACAGGCAAGUGUGCAAUUUGCGGUUACUCUUUUGUUAGUGGCGUUCAUUCUGGUCUUUGUGCCUUGUAAGCACAUAGCUGCACUGAUAUUUUUGGAGACAUUUACAAGAUAUUCUCCUCCGCGGAAAGCGAGUACAGAGAGAUGGAUGAGAAGAUUGCGAGAAUGGUGGUUCAGCAUACCGGCAGCUCCUGUAAUUCUGGAAAGAGAUCAGGAAGACAAGAAGAGGAAGUGAACGUACAAUUCUACAAGUACAUGUUUGUAAAGCAAUUUUUUUUGGGUCAUCACUCUGUUGUGAUGUGUAAAUUUCAACAAUUAUGUGCUCUUUGUACCAGUGGGAAGGUUACGGAGUUUUUGAUGCAUUAACCUGCAGUGGGCCGUAUUGGGCCGAAUGUCGUGCAGCCCAAUGUACUCACGGGCCAUGUGAAGGUUCGCCAAUUAGCGAUUUUUACAUUAAGGGAUCUUAUUCAAA